UUCUCGGUUAUUUCUCCUCACUUUGCUUCGAUAAAACACCCAGAAUUCUGAAGGCAGAGAGCAAUACAAAUGGACUCAACAAACUCCAAAGCCUGUAUAGCCGUAUCUGCCCCUUCUCAAUCGUCUUCUAAACGACUCUUGUUCGACCGCCGCUACGGUUGGGUGUUUGAUGAAUGGAAGGACCCAUGUGAAGAAGCUCUUUCUGGAGGCCGAGGAAUGUUUUGCAUAUUGCCUAUAGGAAAAGCUCUCUUAAAGACAGCUUCACACUCGAUCAACCUUGCGGCAAGCUCUGUUGUUGAAGUCUAUGAGCGGCCAGAUCUUUUCUCUCCUGAGUCAAUGAAGUCUAGUUUCAGUGGUUGGCUUAACAACAUCUCAUCUUUUGUUCAUAAACCAGAAUUCAACCGUCUUGCUGUCAAAGGAAAUUCGAUGUCAGAUUCCAUCAUCUACUCUUCACAUAUGCAUAUUGACAAUAGACAGUAACAAAAGCCUUAAGUAUGAACAUCUGCCCUGUAUUUUUACUCAUAAAUGGCAAUCAGUGUUGCAGGUAUAUGUAGGGCAUGUAAAUUGUUUUUAUAGGCUGAAACACUGGAUGUUAUACCUUGAAACUGACUUGCUAGAGUAGUUCUUGAUGCUGGCAAUUAUUAAAUUUGUUCCUACUGUGGUUAUAAUCUUCAUAAUACAUUCUCUGAUUCUAUGAAGCAUUGAGAGUUUAGUGCUGGAAAGCACAAACCAUUGUAUGCGGAUUA